UCCGAGACGGGGAACGCGAACGAGCCAAAAGUCCACUCUACCCCUUCUCAUACCUCGGCUCUUUCUCUUCCAGACCAAACCCUAGCCCUGUAUCGAUGCCACCGCGGCCAUGACGACCACGACGACAUCAGCAGCGGCGAAGGGUUGCGGCGGUGACGGCUGCAAUGCCCUCCACCCGUGGCCGCUCCACCACGUUCGCCACCGUGGUGGCAUCCGUCGCCUCUGCACCUCCUGCGUCCUCAAGUGUCACAACGGCUCUUUCUGCUCCUCCUGCUUUUCCGUCCUCGACGCUGGCCCGUCCCGUCCUACGCCCACGCCGCGGCCUGCCGUCGUCCGCUGCUCCAAGUGCCCAUCGGUCUGCCACCUUACCUGCCUCCAGAACCCCAACCUCGCCUCCCAAUACCUCUGCCCUUGUUGCAGCAACCCAGAUGGCUUCUCCUAUUUCCUCGUCUCCACCUCGGCCGACGCCGGAGGGGUCGCGAUAGAGGGUUCGGUAGCGCCAUGCGAGGAAAAGAGAAAGACGAUCGAUCUCAACUCGGCAAAAGUGCUGUUUGCCGCCGCACGGCUUGCGGUCGCUUCAAUGAGCAGGGCGGCAGCUGCCGCCAGGGUUGAAGCCGAGAGGAAGGUGAAGGAGGCCAUGGUGGCGAGAAAGAGGGCGAGGGAGAUGCUCGAGAGGGCCCUCUUGAUCUCCAAGAAGGAGAGGGAGAGAAUCAAGGAAUUGAUUGGAUCCGGCGAUAAGGCUAUGGUUGCCUCAUUGGAAGUCAUUAACCCGAAAAAGAAGAAGAAGAAGGCACCAAAGCCAGAAGGUCCUUCGGUGAUGUCCAUAACAGCAGCGCAUAAGAGAGUGCAGGCUCAUGGCAUUGCAGAAAAUAGAAAGUCGAAGAGCACUUCUGUUUCUAGUGUGCAAAGCAGUGUUGCAGUGGACAUGAAGAAUUCAGCAGUAAGAGCUGUACGUAACCAAUCAAAUUAUGUGGAACAAGAGGAGAAUAAGGCACUUCGUUUUGGCUCUAAGAGUGGCAGUGUUAAGGAGGAUUAGUGAGCUACAGCGUUAGAUGCAAAUAAAGAUUUAACAAUAACGUAGUCAACUUAAGAUGAAUCAACAUCUAGGAUUGAUCUUGCCAUUUCACUCUACGGUAUAUAUGCUUCUUUUAGAUGAAUCAACAUCUUGGACUGAUCUUGUGACUAGUUUGCUGAACAGAGCCACUCUCUGCAGAUAUGUGCCACUUUGUUAUUGUCAUUUCUUUGAUGAAUUUGAAAUGUUAUGCAGAUUAUUGAGAGCAUUGUAGUGUUUUGCCUGAUCAUUAUAGUGUCGUUGUACAUCAUAUCUGGGUUCUACUGCACCUUCAGAUGAGUGAGAAGUGUCAUUUUCUGCUUUCUGUUGACCUGUUCUUGUCACUUGCAAGUAAUUGUUUCCUUUUAUGAUUA